AUGACGUUAGAAACAAUAGACUCAGUAGAGUUCGAAGAGAGCACACGGUCAAUCGGUAUGAAUAGUGCCGAUGUCGACAACAAAAGUGGAAGUGGGGGAGGAUUUUCACAGGAAAAAGAUGCAUCGACUCAACAAAGUAAUUCUGUCUUGACAAAGAAGGAACGAAAUAUGGUCAUGAUGUCCAGGAUCAUUGUUUUGUCGGUCUUGAUGAUAGUGGGAGUCACUGCUUGCGUGCUGACUUGGAUUCAGACGACGAAAUGGGAAACACAAGACUUUGAGUCUCAGUUCGAGAGCAUGGCCAACGAAUUGAAUGAUACCACCAAACUGAUUGCCGAAAAUGGAUUGUACGCAUCACUGGCCUUCAGCACAGCCAUUACAACCUUUGUCACAUUGACACAACAGACGUGGCCUAAUACUACCAUUGGUAGCUUUGAGGCACAAUGCGUCGGCUAUCGAGGAGCCACCGGUGCAGAGAGUGUCUUUUUGGCACCCUUUGUGAGUGAUGUCGAAGCAUGGAAUCAAUACUCGACCGACAAUCAAGGGUGGGUCCAAGAGUCCCACCUUGCCGCGGGAGAUACUCGCAUUGUGGACCCAAUUGCACCGCAACUAUUUCGCCGACAAGAUGGCGCCAACAUUCCAGAAACGAAUCCGGAUGGAUCCCAACAGUUCUUACCCAUAUGGCAAGCGUGUCCGGCACCAGCGGAUCCUAGGGUGGUGAAUUUCAACCUCUUGUCCGUCCCUCAAAUUAGUGCAGCCGUUUCUGUCAUGCUCAAAACCAAAGGACCAGUACUCACAGCUGUUGUGGAUCUCAGUCAAGAAUUGGGAAUAGAAGAAGAAGAAGAAGAGGAAAGCCCCAUGAGUAUCCUUUUGUUUCCCGUGUUUGCCCAAAACAAUAUCGUGGGAGCUACGGUUGCCUUUAUGUCAUGGGUGGAACUCUUUUCGAAUUCGUUGCACGAAGGUUCUGAUGUCAUUCUAAUGGUCCUUCGCAACAGCUGUGGAGAAGUUCAUAGCUUUUCGAUUGGUGGAACUGUCACAACUUAUAUGGGUCCCGGGGAUUCCUAUAUUGAACCCGACUAUGCCGAAUUUGAACGGGUAGUUCUUUUUGGCUCGACGCAAAUCAAUGAGAGGAGUUGUAUUGUCACGCUGCAUCUCUUUCCUACAGAGGAAAUGGCUGCCAAUUACGAAACGGAUCGGCCAGAUGUGUACACGGGAGUUGUGGCUGGAGUCUUUUUGUUUGCAGCCAUCGUGUUCAUUGCAUACGACUGCUUGUUGGAUGUAAGACUCAAGAAACUGAGCAAAGCUGCCACCAAGUCGGCAACACUGGUGGCAACGUUGUUUCCAGAGGGAGUCCGAAAUCGAUUGUUGGACGAAGGCGGAAGCAAAAAGGACAUCAAUAGCAGAGGACAGCUCAAGCAGUACCUCAAUGCCGAUGGGACAACGCGCCAGUCCAUGGGAGCUGCAAAUCCUAAUGAUAUACAUUCCAAGCCAAUCGCGGAUUUGUUUCCAAAUACGACGGUAUUAUUUGCGGAUAUCGCAGGAUUUACCGCUUGGAGUUCGGUACGGGAACCCUCGCAAGUAUUCAUUCUCCUCGAAAGUGUCUAUUCAGCCUUUGACAAGUCCGCAAAGCAUCGUGGUGUGUUCAAGGUGGAAACUAUUGGUGAUUGUUACAUGGCUGUUACCGGGUUGCCCGAGCCAAGAGAUGAUCACGCAGUGGCCAUGGGAAGAUUUGCAAGAGAUUGUAUGAUCAAGAUGAAUGAUUUGACGAAGAAGUUGGAACUGACGCUUGGUCCAGACACUGCGGACUUGGCCAUGCGUUUCGGAAUGCACAGUGGACCAGUCACGGCGGGUGUAUUGCGAGGAGACAAGUCACGUUUCCAGCUGUUUGGAGAUACGGUCAACACGGCUUCGAGAAUUGAGUCUACAGGCAUCAGGAAUCGAAUUCAUAUUUCGCUCGAGACGCACAAUCAGCUUUUAUCCUUUGGCAAGGCAAAUUGGGUUAUUCCGAGGGAGGAUGUGGUCGUCGCAAAAGGAAAGGGGCAAAUGAAAACUUUCUGGCUGAUACCGUCUGGUUUCAAACCCGAACAAUAUAAGGAAAAAAUUUCCAGCCUGUCUUUUACGUCCAAAGCCAUGUCCGAGGUAGUACAAGAGGGUAGUUCGAAGAUUCCUGCCUUGGCAGAAGAAGAUGCGAGACUAUUGCGUCUGGUUGACUGGGUGGUGGAUGUUAUGAAGAGGCUAUUGAUGCAAAUAGAAGCCAAACGAAAACUCGAAAAGCAAGGACUUCCCCGAGAAGACAACAUGAUCCAACAUGCCGAGUCAAUGAUCCUGACCCAGGAAUCCAACACACUGGACGAAGUCCAAGAGAUUGUAAUGUUGCCGAUGGUUAGCUCUGUUCCUCAAUCAGAAAUUAAAAAAGUCGCUAUUCGAUUAUCUGACGAAGUUGUCGAACAACUUAACCUAUACGUCAAGACGAUUGCGACCAUGUAUCGGCAGAAUCACUUUCAUAAUUUCGAACACGCAGCUCACGUGACAAUGUCAGUCUCUAAGCUUAUGUCACGAAUCGUGGCUCCCGGCAUUGAUUUCUCGUCAGGAACUACUUCUUUGCACGAUCACACAUUCGGUAUUACUUCCGACCCAUUGACCCAGUUUGCAGUUGUUUUCGCUGGCCUCAUUCAUGAUGUUGAUCAUGUUGGUGUUCCAAACUUUAUUCUUCAGGAGGAAAACAAGCGCCUCGGUAAAGCUUACAAGAACAAGAGCGUUGCGGAACAAAAUUCAGUAGACCUGGCUUGGGCGCUCUUGAUGGAGCCGAAAUUCCUCGAACUGCGCAAGUGCAUUUACCACGACACCUCGGAACUCAGUCGUUUCCGUCAGUUGGUAGUGAACACUAUCCUCGCAACUGACAUUUUCGAUAAGGAACUUCAGGAACUCCGAAAGGUGCGCUGGGACAAGGCAUUUUCAAGACAGAGCAAACGCCGCACAUCCGGCUAUGAAAAUACUGUCAAUCGAAAGGCCACCAUUGUUAUUGAGCAUUUGAUUCAAGCGUCUGACGUUGCACAUACGAUGCAGCAUUGGCACAUUUACCAAAAAUGGAACGAACGACUGUUCGAAGAAAUGUACCUUGCGUUCAAGUCGGGAAGGACAUCGAAGAACCCAGCUCUCAACUGGUAUGAAGGGGAGUUGGGGUUUUACGAUCAUUACAUCAUUCCUUUGGCCAAGAAAUUGAAGGAUUGCGGAGUUUUCGGGGUCUCAAGUGAUGAAUACUUGAAUUAUGCGGAGGAAAACCGAAGCGAGUGGGCUUCAAAGGGAAGGAAGGUUGUUGCAAUGCUGGUCGCCAAAUAUGCAGAUGUGGAUGGGGAAGAACAAACUCUCGUCGGCAGGAGGCCUUCGUCAAUGAAGACCGUUAGCAACAAUGAACUCAUCAAAGACCUCGGUGACAGCGAUCAUACAGCCCGUCGACCUGAAUCGUUCAAUGAACAUGGCAUGAAUGGGAGAAGGGCUUCAUUCCUUCGUCGAAAUUCUGCAAGAUGA